UCCAAAUGUUAGCAUCGCGUCUUUUAAAAACCUGUUUGGACUUUAUGUAUAACUAUCAAUGUUAUACUAAUAAGUCUUAAUCUUUUUCUAGUAAAUACGAUUUUUUUUAUAUAAAAAGAAAAUCGAUAAUAAUAAAAUUAUUAUUUAAAAAAAAGAAACCUGAUAUAAAUAAAAUAAAUAGAUAAAUGUCAAAAUUCGUAUUGGAUAUUAUUAUUAUUAUCAUUUUUUAAAAAGAAAAGUAUAUGUGAUUCAAUUCUUUCUUUUUCUUAAUUACUCCUCAAGAAGAAUCGGCUUCGUAUUGGGGCCUUAGAGAUGAACAAAACUCCAUUCGAAAACGUAAUUACAAGAAAAACAAACUAUCAGGCACAAUACUUUGAGACACAGUGCUAAGACACACAGUGCUAAGAGACACAGUGUUCCGACACACAGUGCUAAGAGACACAGUGAUUCGACACACAGUGCUAAGAGACACAGUGCUACGACACACAGUGCUAAGAGACACAGUGUUACGACACACAGUGCUAAGAGACACAGUGCUACGACACACAGUGCUUAGAGACACAGUGCUACGACACACAGUGCUAGGGGACGCGGUGCAACAAGGCACAGUGCUAGGGGGCACAGUGCUACAAGAGACAGUUCCACGAGAAACAGUGCUACAAGACAUUGUGCUAACAGAAACGGACGAUGAGACUGUUUCAGAGCACGAUGCUUCGCUGCUUGUUGGUCACGUGUCUUCAGAUAAUGUUGAUUUGCGAAGCUACACAAUUUCAAGAUUGCCCGGAUGGCUGGUUUGAAUUCUCAGACUUCUGCUACAGCUUCGUCUUUCAUCCACGCAGAACGCAGCAGGAAGCGGCUAUCGCUUGUGACCAGGGCAUGUCGUCGCUUCUUAGAGUCAGCUCCGCAGACGAGCACACGUUUAUUCAGAACUGGUUGACAACGCAUGAUACCUCAAGGUCAGGCUGGCUGACCAGUGGCUACAGUGACAGCUCGGGAACUUUGAUCUGGGAUUCAGAUGGAACAAUUAUUAGCAAAGAUUUUUUCCUUUCGAGCGAGUCACGAAUCAGUGAAGCAGCGGAUCAAAUCAUGGAUAGCAAAGUUAUCGUUUAUAAGUACAUAGGAUCUGAAUUCACCUGGUCCUGGGGGAAGUUAACAGAUGCAAUGUCAUACAUUUGUCAGAUGAACAGAGCUGACGCUUGGAAACUGGAUCAACUCAAGAGAGACUUUUCGUACGGCACUAAUAUUACGGAUCCGAACCUGUGGGAGACUGGACCAAACAUCACAUACCUGUCUCCGGACACUGUGUUCUACAGAGUUGAUGGUCAAACGACUAAGGUGAUACUGGACUGUGUGGCCACGGGUAACCCAAGGCCAACGUUUAAGUGGUUCAAGAGAAGAGCCAACCAGAAUGUCGAAGAGGAAGUGACGUCAGCAACCAAUAGCCGCGUCACCAUUACAAGCGGAAGACUUGUCAUUAUAAACCCGGACCCCUUUACAGACUCUAGCUGGUACUCGUGUGUUGUGUCGAACAAGCUGGGAACAGCAGUGUCACGUUACAUAGAGCUCAGCUUUGGGUAUAUCGACCAGUUUUCUAAUGUACAGCAAAGUGAGGUCCAAGCCACCAUGUAUAUGGGUAAAGAAUUGACCUGUCACGCACCACCUCACAAUACAGAACUCAGCUAUAAUUGGUUCAAGUCAGAGUACAACUUCAUAAGGCCUGAAUUCAAUGCUCAAUAUUUUCUCUCAAGAGACGGAAAUUUGUACAUCUCUGAGGUGCAGGCAUCAGACCAGGACGACUACUUCUGCAUGGUGUUCAUGUCUGUCCAUAACGGUCAAGUUCUUUCAGGGAACCAGCCACCAUCAAGAAUGUCACUGUCAACGAAGUUAAAAGUUGUCGGAGAAAAUGCUAACACAUAUGGUCCAGACAUCCACAACAAGUUCCCUCAAGUGUUUCCAGAUGUCCCAAUGGCAGGAGCAGACGUGUUUCUUGAAUGUCUGGCUUAUGGCAGGCUGCCUCUUAAAUAUUCAUGGGUAAGAGACGACCAACCGCUGAACCCCAAGUCCUACCUCAAGGACCAUAACCGUGUCCUGGUCAUCCCUUCAGCCAGACUAGAAGACUCAGGGUCCUACACCUGUGUGGUGCAGGGAUACUCAAUGUCCAACAAAACCUUACAACUCAGAAUGAAAGCUCAACCAGUCUUCCCCUUUCCCUUACAAAAUCAACAUGUCGAUGCCGGAAGUAGACUUACCUGGACAUGCCACGCCCUGGGUGUGCCUCCACCUGUCUACACUUGGUAUAAAAAUGGUGUCCGCCUGUCAGCAGUGCAAGGGUCAACAACGGUGUUCAGAAAUACUUUGACGAUUGACCCUCUGGAGGUCGGCAAGCACGAUGGAGUCUAUCAGUGCGAAGCUACAAAUGACUUUUGUUCUGCUCGCUCUACGGCACAGAUCAGGGUGCUAUUUUUUGCGCCUACCUUUAGUAAAAGCCCGGUACCAUCUUUUUUACUGGCCAGUGCUGGUGGAAACGUGACGAUACCUUGCCUGCCAGAGGCGGCACCAAGGGCUCAGGUCAAGUGGCUGAAAGAUGGUGUAGAAGCCGGAAACAUACUCCCCAGCGGCGCCCUGCUUCUAUCAGCGCUCUCCACCGCCAACUCUGGAAACUAUACCUGUGUGGCCACCAAUGAACUGGGUGAAGCUAGGUCAACUUGUUUUCUAAGUAUACAAGAAGCGGCUGUAUUCACCGUGUUGCCAAGAAAUGUGGAAGUUGUUCAGAACGAGACUGCUGUCCUUGACUGUCAAGCUUCACUGGAUGAGCAUGAGAUGGAGGCAGUUUACGCCUGGAAGUUUUAUUCACAUCUGAUUGAUCUGUCUGAAGAAAGCAAAGACAAGACACACUACUGGAUGCCAAUGUCUGGCAACAAAUUGUCUGGAAAGCUGUACAUUAUCAAUGCUCAGUACUUUCAUGAAGGUCUGUAUACCUGUGUGGUAACUACAGCAACAGGAGUAAUCACAGCUAGUGCUUAUGUCACUGUUAAAGGUGCACCUGGAGAACCAGGAGGUGUGCAUGUUCGAAGGAAUAUCAGCUCAACUGUCAGUCCUCUGCAGGUUGUUCUACUCUGGCGAGACGGUCUGGAACAUGGCUAUCCUGCAACCAAAUACCGCAUUGAGUUCUCAUCAAUAUUUGACAAGCAAUGGAAGACUUUAAGAGAAGACAUAACAAUUCAAGAGACCCACUCUGAUGAGAUCCCAGACUGGAGAGCAGUCAAGAUUUCCGAGGGUCUCAUGCCUGGGAGUUCCUAUCGAUUCCGAGUCCAGUCAGGAAAUCACCAGUUUGGCUAUGGAGAUGUUAGUAGUGGACCUUACAGAUGGUACACGAUUUCUGCAGCAGCUCCAGUGGCGGCGCCACAGAAUGUUGGAGGUGGGGGAGGCAGUGUUGGCAUUUUGAGCAUCACUUGGAAUGCUAUACCAAGAGAUCAAUGGGGCAGUUCCGCCUUACACUACUGUGUUUACUACCGUCGUCAUGGCAACAACGUGGACAACUCACGGUGGAUACAAGUGGACAAUCUCAUUGAUACGUCACUUUAUAUAACUGUUGGUCCAGAUAAUUAUUAUCUCCCUUACGAGGUGAUGGUACAGGCAGUGAACGAGAAAGGCAGGGGACCUAACUCCACAGUGGCCAUCGUAUACUCUGCUGAGGAUGUACCCACCAACGUAUCUCCUGUGUUUGAGUCAGCCAACGCCAUCAAUGGUACUGCUGGAAUAGUCACAUGGAAACCAGUCCCAGACACGAGAGAGGCUGCCAAAGGAAAAGUUUUUGGAUACCAGAUCAACUAUUGGUUGGAAGAUACCAAAUGUCUGGGUAAAAAUGAGCUGAAUGGUAUGUCCAUCAACAUUUACGGUGAUGUGUCCAGUGGCAUGCUUGUAGGACUGGACUUCUCUGGCGACUACUGCCUGAACAUCCAGUUCCAGAACAACGCUGGGAUGGGACCAAAAACGGACAACUAUUACAUGGGGAUGAACGAUGCACCACCCAGUCAGUAUCCCGAGUAUGUAACAGUUCUCUCUCAUGGCAAUGACAGCGUGAGGUUGAUUUGGAGAGGGAUCUCAACCAUCUUUAGAGAAGAACCUCUUCUUGGUUACAAGGCCCUGUGGUGGGAUGUCAGAGAAGACAUAAGAACCGCCAAGAUUGCGACAUUUUCAAGAAUCCCAACAGGAGUCAUACAUGGGAUAGAAAAAGAUGUUGUUUAUAAGCUUCGUGUCCUGGGCUACAGUCGUGGUGGCAACGGAAAGAAAAGUCCAACAGUUUACUUUACCUUAGGAGGUCAAGUUCUGAUUGAUCCUCUAACAACAGACGUCAUGAACGAUAGCAGAUCAAGAAAGACGAAUCAGUUCCAUGUUUAUUUCUUAACACUAGUUUAUCUGCUGUCUACUCAAGUUGCCCAGACGUAGCGAUGAGAUAGGAAAAUAUUUGACUGAAUGCCAGUACGGGAAAACAAAUCAACAACAACAUUAAAGAUGUACAAAGGAAAAAUAAAAUCUCUUUGAAAAAUCAUGAUUAAAAAUAUAGCACCAAAGAAGGCUAGAACUGGCUAGACACCAAGAAAGUGUUGAUUUAACUCUUUCUCUCUAAUUUUAAUUAUUUACCACAUACCAUAUGGUAUCGUCAGUUAGGAGAGAAAGAGUUAAAAAAAAAACAUUUUUAAAAAAUACGAAGCUUAUAUUAAGCUUAGUUGUAUCAAUGAGUUUGGAUCAGUCAUGUAUUUAAAUUUGUAAAAGAUCUAGACUAACAGAAAUAAAUCUGCGCAAUUACAAAUAUUUUUACCAAUUGUUUUCGUUGAUCUCAAUUUCAUGCUUUUAGCUUUCUCUAUGCGC